CAUGUCAAUAGUAACAGUGCAACUUGGUCAGUGUGGCAAUCAAGUUGGUUUUGAAGUGUUUGAUGCUUUAUACAGUGACUCAUACUGUUCCCAGGGACUCUGCUCUAAGAAAGAGAAUGAAGCAUAUCAAGCAUCAUGCAAAGAAAGAUUCUUCAGUGAGGAGGAAAAUGGAGUUCUAGUUGCCCGGUCUGUGCUUGUUGACAUGGAACCUAAAGUUAUCAAUCAAACACUGUCAAAGGCUGCACAGUCUGGCCGAUGGAAAUAUGGUCAACAUGCAUGUUUUUGUCAAAAGCAAGGUUCUGGAAACAACUGGGCAUACGGUUAUUCUUGUCAUGGACCCAAGCAUGAAGAAUCAAUAAUGAACCUAAUUCGGAAGGAAGUGGAGAAAUGUGACUCUUUGCAUGGUUUUUCCAUCAUAAUGAGCAUGGCUGGGGGUACAGGAUCAGGCCUAGGAGCCUUCAUUACCCAGAAUUUACAAGAUCAGUACCCAAAUGCUUUGAAAAUGAAUCAGGUUAUAUGGCCGUAUGGAACUGGUGAGGUUAUUGUCCAGAAUUACAACUCCAUUUUGACUCUUUCUCACUUGUACCGAUGUUCAGAUGCCCUCCUUGUUCAUGAGAAUGAUGCUAUCCAUAAGAUUUGUGCGAAGAUGAUGAAUAUCAGACAGAUCUCCUUUAACAAUAUAAAUCAGGUCCUUGCACAUCAGCUGGGAAGUAUGUUCCAGCCUACUUACUCUGCAGAAGACUCAUUUCACUAUAGAAGAAACCCACUAGGAGACUUAAUGGAGCAUUUAGUUCCCCAUCCUGAAUUCAAGAUGCUGGGUGUACGUAACAUUCCGCAAAUGGCUGAGAACUCACUGCCUUACAGCACUUUUACUUGGGCUGGCCUCCUCAAGCAUUUGAGACAGAUGCUCAUUUCUAAUGCAAAAAUGGAAGAAGGUAUCGAUUGGCAGGUACGGCCUCCUUUAGCAAGACUUCCUGCACUUGGCAAAAUGCCUUUCAACAAGGAACUUCAUUUUGACACUUCCAUUGCUAACCUGGUCAUUCUUCGUGGGAAAGACGUGCAUUGUGCAGAUCUGGGGGGAUUUCGAGAUCCAGCUCUAUAUACUACCUGGUUAAAGCCUGCUGAUGCUUUCAGUAUGUGGAAAACUCAGCGAGCCUUCAACAAAUAUGAGAAGUCUGCCACAUUGGUCAGCAAUAGCCAGUUCUUAGUAAAACCACUUGAUACAAUUGUGGGCAAAGCGUGGAACAUGUUUGCUUCAAAAGCCUAUGUUUAUCAGUAUACAAAAUUUGGAAUUGAAGAAGAGGACUUUUUGGACAGCUUCUCACUGUUAGAGCAGGUUAUUGCUAGUUACUGUAACCUCUGAUCUUGAACAAAAGUGUUUUUGGACUAAGACAUUUUCAAUACUGUUUCUGUAAGGUUUAAAAACU